GGGCUAGAGCAGGCUGGGGGAGGGGAGCUGAGCGUAGCCAGACUGCCUUAGAGGGCUGGGUAGUAAAAAGCAAAAGGAGUGAGUGACAAGGUUGCGCUUCAGCCCCUCUUUGCUGGCUUUUGCACCCGCAAACUUCUGAGUCGCGACUUCCAGCACGGGAUGUGGUGCCAUAAAUUAUUGUAUGUACAAAGCAGGCUCCAGAAUUUGAUGAAGAGAGGAGACAUAGGUCAUGUUCUUCAUCUGUCCAACUUUAGAAGUUUAUUUUCGCUAUCUAUCCAUUGGUGCCAUACAGCUUCCAAGUCUGUGAAUUGUACUUGGCAGCAACAUGAAGAUCAUUUGGAACUGCAAUAUGCUAGCACUGUAAUGCGGUUUGAUUAUGUCUGGCUUCGAGACCACUGCCACUCAGCAUCAUGCUAUAAUUCUAAGACUCACCAGCGGAGCCUGGACACUGCCAGUGUGGAUUUAUGUAUCAAGCCACAGACCAUUCGUCUGGAUGAAACCACACUCUCUUUCACUUGGCCAGAUGGUCAUAUGACUAGAUAUGAUCUGGAUUGGCUGGUAAAAAAUAGCUAUGAAGGACAGAAACAAAAGGUUAUCCAACCUAGAAUAUUAUGGAAUGCAGAACUCUACCUGAAAGCCCAAAUUCCAUCUGUUGAUUUCCAGAGUUUCUUAGAAACAAAUGAGGGACUGAAGAAGUUUCUGCAGAACUUUCUGCUGUAUGGAAUUGCAUUUGUAGAAAAUGUCCCUCCCACUCAAGAGCACACAGAAAAGUUGGCAGAAAGGAUCAGCUUAAUCAGAGAAACUAUCUAUGGAAGGAUGUGGUAUUUCACUUCAGAUUUUUCCAGAGGUGACACUGCAUACACCAACCUAGCUUUAGAUAGGCACACCGACACUACCUACUUUCACGAGCCCUGUGGCAUUCAGGUAUUCCAUUGUCUUAAGCAUGAAGGAACAGGUGGCAGGACACUGCUAGUAGAUGGAUUCUAUGCAGCACAACAAGUACUUCAAAAAGCACCCGAGGAAUUUGAACUCCUCACCAAAGUGCCAUUGAAGCAUGAAUAUAUUGAAAAUGUUGGAGACUGUCACAACCACAUGAUUGGAGUUGGGCCAGUCUUAAAUAUAUACCCAUGGAAUAAAGAGCUGUAUUUGAUCAGGUACAACAACUAUGACCGAGCUGUCAUCAACACUGUGCCUUAUGAUGUUGUCCAUCGUUGGUAUAUAGCACACCGAACCCUAACACAUGAAUUGAGAAAGCCUGAGAAUGAGCUUUGGGUCAAACUGAAGCCUGGAAAGGUAUUAUUUAUAGACAACUGGAGAGUCCUUCAUGGCAGGGAAUCAUUCACUGGCUAUCGUCAGCUCUGUGGCUGCUAUUUAACAAGAGAUGAUGUAUUGAAUACUGCUCGUCUCUUGGGACUUCAGGCUUAAAAUUGCAAACACUUGGAUUACAAAUACACUAGGCACCCUACUACCAAAAUUUUAUAUCAACAAAGCAAUAUUUUGUCAAAAUUUGCUUCAUGUUGUCACCUUACCAUACUAUAAAACAGAAGCUUUUCCUUACUUUAUAAAAGAAACUUGUUAAAGAAAGGGGGCUUCUGAGUUAUCUAAUGUCACCACCUAGUAUGAUAGCCUUCUUCCCAAGUUAUAAUUUGAGCCUUUUGAUGUAAUUAUAAUCACAGUACUAAUAAUCUCCAUAUUAAAAGGAAACCAAUAAUAUUGAAUAAUUUGUCUUCAGCUAAAUCAGAAUGCAAUACAUUCUAGAAAUGACAAAAUACUGAUAAAGCAACAUUUGUAAAAUGUUUUCAUUUUUUAUAAUUCAUUUGACUAAUAAAUUGUGCUUACUUGUAUUUUGAAUAUAACCUAUAAUAUCUUCUAUUCCCUUCCAGUUUCCGCAGAUGAUAGGAAAUUGCUUUUCUUUUUAGUGACUGAAUGGUAUUUCAUUGUGCCACAUUCUCUCUCUCUCUCUCUCUCUCUCUCUCUCUCUCUCCCCUUCUGUCUCUCUCUUUCACACAUACGCAUAUGCACAAACACACAGAACUGAGGGUCCAAAUGUAUACUAGGUUCAACUAUUCACAGAACUCAUCAUGAUAGAUGUGUGCUUCCAGAGUACAUUGUGCCACAUUUUCAUUACCUGUUAAUGGAAAACAAGAUUGAGUCCAUAUUUUAGCUACUAUGAAUACUAUAUUGACAAACAUGGGCAUGCAGAUAUUCUGUAAUACACAGGUUUAAUUUUCCUUGGGUAUGUAAUAUACCCAGAGAGGUCAUAUGGAUAAUACAGUACUUUUAUUUCUUUAACAUUCUUGAGUUCUGUGUACUGUUUCCAAUAAUGCAUAUACUAAUUUACAUUCCCACCAACAGUGUAAUAAGCCUUUUCAGAGUAUAUUCUCACUAACUUUUGUACUUUUUGGUGUUGAUUAUUGCAAUUAUAGAUAGAUCAAAAUGGUAUCACAUUGUGGUUUUUCAAUUGGCUUUUUCAUGAGGCCUAGUGAUUGUUUAGCAACUAUUCAAAUAUCUCUUGACCAUUUUAUGUGUUCUUUUGAGAAAUGUCAAUCUAGAAUUCUUGCCAAUUCUUAGUCAAUUAUUUGUACUUUAACUAUUGAAUUUUUGAAGUUUCCUACAUAUUAAAGACAAUAUUACCAUUUCAGAUGUAUAGUUAACAAACAUUUUUAUCAUUCUGUAGGUUUUCCUUUACUCUGCUGAUACUCCUUUAUUCUUGCUAUGUGAAAGCACAUUAACACCCUUAAAUGUUACCCAGGACUCCAAAGUUAAAUCUAUUAAUACUAACUAUCUUCAAUACUGAGAGGAAUCAAAAGUGCUUAACUGCUAAAAACAAAACACCUGUCUAGUAGCUAUCAAAUAUAGGCCAUUAUAAUAUGUCAUGCCAUCUGUGGUCUCUUUGUGCAAGUCAGAUAAUGAGAAUGAAAAAAUAUCAUCUUAGUAUUGUAUUACAGAAAUAGUUUUUAGUCUUACAAGUGUGCUAAAAGAUGCCCAGGAACCGUAGUACAUCCAUCUUUAGACAGUAUUUUAAAAAGCAAAGGGCUAGAAUCUUGGUUCUUUGGGUCAACCCUUUAACUAUGCCAGCAUAUGAAAGGGCUUAGCUGAAACCCUACAGCUUUGCCUUGUAAUCUCCUAUGAAUAUAGGAGAAAUUGCAGUCUCUCUCUCUCUCUCUCUCCCCACUUCUGUCUCUCUCUCUUUCACAUAUACACAUAUGCACAAACACACAGAACUGAGGGUCCAGAUGUAUACUAGGUUCAACUAUUCACAGAACUCAUCAAGAUAGAUGUGUGCUUCCAGAGUACUUGAUAUUACUAGGUAAACUUGUAUUUUGGCAGUUGGAUAGCAUUUACAAAUGUAAACACUCUUACUCCAUUUCUGCUGAUCUUUUCAUAUUCCUCUUCUUUAAAUGUUAUACACAUUAAUUGUAAAAAUUUGACAGACACAAUUUAGUGCUUUGAUUCCUUUAUGCCUUCAGUGGUGGUGGCAUAGGCAUAUGAUGAUUGUUUAAAAAUAUUUUUUCUUUGAUCAUUUCAUAAUUGCAUAUAAUAUACUUGAUCAUAUUUA